AUGCAAGUUCCAUUAAUCAGGCUGCAGUGCGGAGUGAACAGCUAUGACUGGGGAAAGGUAGGAAAUGAUUCAGCCGCGGCAAAGUUUGCUGCGGCUACACCUGUCGAUGAUUUUUCUAUUCAAGAAGACAAGCCAUAUGCUGAAUUGUGGAUGGGAACACAUCCUUCAAACCCUUCCAAGGAUCUCGCCACAAAACGAACACUCCUCGAUCUCGUUCAAGACAAUCAAGCCCUCCUAUCGAAAGAUGUCAGUGAGAAGUUUGGUGAAAAAUUACCAUUUCUCUUCAAGGUCCUCUCAAUCGGAAAAGCCCUGAGCAUUCAAGCCCACCCCAAUAAGAAACUCGCCGAACAAUUGCAUCAGAGGGACAGCAAAAAUUACCCCGAUGAUAAUCACAAACCGGAAAUGACAAUCGCCAUCACGCCUUUCGAUGGACUUUGCGGAUUUAGACCCCUUGUGGAAAUCUCACAUUUUCUCUCGACCGUUCCAUCUCUGAAGAAGUUGGUUGGACCGUCCGAAGCAGAAGACUUUCAGUCUGCGAUUAAGGGACAGGAGACAUCUGACAAACAAGAGGAUGGGGAAAAGAAUAAGAAAGCGCUACAAAAAGUUUUCACGGCUUUGAUGAAUGCGAAGAAAGAAGAUGUUGAGAAAGCUAGUGAGGAAUUGGUUGCAGCGGCAGAAGAGGAGGGAGAGAAUUUCGCCGGAGGUGGAGGCCGGUCAAAUGAAGGAAAGGAACUGGCAGAUCUUGUCAUCAGGUUGAACAAACAAUUUCCAGGAGACAUUGGAUUAUUCGUCCAAUUCUUUUUGAAUUACGUCAAACUCGAAGUCGGAGAAGCAAUGUUUCUAAAGGCAGAUGACAUUCAUGCAUACUUGAGCGGUGACAUUAUCGAAUGCAUGGCUGCAUCGGACAAUGUAGUCCGAGCUGGUUUCACGCCAAAGUUCAAGGACGUUGAUACUUUAACUUCGAUGUUGACAUAUUCAUAUGCCCCAAUCUCGGAACAAAAGAUGGACCCAGUGGAUUAUCCAUAUGCCACUCUCAAUGCGACCGCCUACUCUUCUGGAUCAUCAGCAAUACUCUACGACCCACCCAUUGCGGAGUUUAGUGUGGUAAAAACUGACCUGAAAAAGAAGGGAGCAAAAGCAACAUUCGAACAAAUUUCUGGUCCUAGUAUUUUCAUCUGCACGACUGGGAAUGGUAAGAUAAGUGUCGGGCCCGAGGUCGAGGAAGUUAAGCCUGGAUAUGUCUACUUUGUUGGGGCUACAGCAGAGGUGGUACUUGAAGCCAAAGAUGAAGAUUUCACCACAUUCAAGGCGUUUUGUGAAUUGCAAGGCAAGGGAGAAGCAGACGGAAAGGAGAAGCUCUAA